ACGAGGAGAAAAGCUUUGAACACAAAUUCGUUUUUUUUUUGCACAAAUUCAAAGAUUACAUAACUGGUGCUGUAUUGUCUCUGAAGAUUUUUAUAUUCGACUGUCCACUUUUGCACAGAUCAGCGUACUGAGUUUAGAUAAUUUGUUCCUGAAAUUAUAAGUUCCUACAUACAACGACCAAGUAUUAAUCUUAUCACCAUCACGGUAAACAAAACGGUCAUAAAGAGAGGCUAUUCCAGCUUCAGCAAAUCAAAUUGUAGAGAAAUUUUGAUUCAUUAUUAGCUACAAUCGCACUGGUAUGAGUGAAUAUAACGAUAUAGUCAAGUCGACAUAUAGGCAGGAGUGGAGUGAUCUUAAUGACUACCACGAACCAGAACAACUCUUGUCAUCAGUAAUACAAUUACACCAUUGUGGAAAUGAUAAAAGUGAGAGGGAAACUAAAAACACGAGGGGUUUUGGUGACGACGCAGCUCUUUCAGUGUGCUUAACAUCGCAGUCGGAGAGGUUGGCGGUUUCGCGUUUGACUGGAGGCUAUGAUUUUGGCAGCAACUACUUAUUAAACAGAAACCCACCUAAAAAGAAAUUCAUAGAAAAGAUGACGGACAUAAUAAAAAGUCGUAACUUCGUAGUGGAUAUAUUGGCGAUAUUUUUUGGCAUAGGCACAUGGAUUGGUGUAAACGGCAUUUUCAUUGAAGUACCACUGCUUGUUAAGGACGCACCAGAAAGUUGGAGUUUAGCUUCGUAUCUUAGCGUUGCCGUGCAAAUUGGGAACAUAGGUCCGAUAACGUAUACUUUAAUACAGCAUUUCUCAAAGAGACGCAUAACUGACGCAUUGUUUAUUUAUGUUAUGCUGGUGGUAGGGACAUUGUCGGCCUUAUUCACCAGUUUUUUCUACAAUAAAACAUUGGUAUUAUUUGGUGAGGAGCGCAGUUUAGCUUUGUAUAUUCUCACCUUUUCAUCCGCCCUCACGGCAUGUACAAGUUCGGUGCUCUUCAUGCCCUACAUGGGCCGUUUUAAGGAGAUGUACUUAGUGACUUAUUUUGUAGGUGAGGGUUUAAGUGGACUGUUACCAAGUGUCGUAUCACUUGUACAAGGUAUCGGCAGUGACUCCGCAUGCGUCUUGGUGAAUACCACCUCAACCGGCGAAGAGGUCUAUGAGAAACAAACACUUCCUCCACGUUUUGAUUCAAUGGAGUUCUUCCUGAUUAUUUUUGCAUUGUUUGUAUGCAGUGUAAUUGCAUUUACUUUGCUGGAUCGUCUUCAAAUUUCGAAACGGGAAUAUGCUAUAGGCCAAAUCGACGUUGGAAACAAUUAUAAAUAUGAAGAGCAUAAAACAACUAAUGAUAUGAACAAUGCAGCGAUGAAAGAGACAUCGGUCAAUCCGGAUAAGUCAAUCCAAAUUUCAUCCAACGAAUAUGUUUUACUAUUGCUGCUUAUCGGCUGCUUGUCAUUCUUUGCCAACGGCAUGUUCAACUCCAUACAAUCCUACUCAAGUUUGCCUUAUGGUAGCUCAGCUUAUCACCUGUCAGUGACAUUGAGUGUAAUUGCCAAUCCUUUGGCGUGCUUCUUAGCGAUUUUUAUACCUCAUACAACGUUGCGGCCUAUAUAUGUGUUGUGCUGUUUAUGUGCUGCUUUAACUACGUAUGUAUUUGUUACAGCCUGCAUGAGUCCAUCGCCGCCAUUGCAUGGCACAUCUGCGGGAUCCGUAAUCGUAAUCAUUAGCUGGGCUCUAUUAAUUGGUUUGGUGAGCUACACUAAGCUGUCGAUUUCGUCGGUUAUGCGCGCUCAGGGCGGUCGGUCGCUCGUUUGGACUGGCGGUCUGACACAGAUUGGUGCUUUAUUAGGUGCGGUGCUGAUAUUUAUUUUAAUAAACUAUACAAACAGUUUUCAAGAAGCGGAGAGCAGUGAUUGCUAAAAUUCGUUAAUGCGUAUGCAAUAUUUAAGUAUGUAUGUAUGUUCAUGUACUUAAAGCCAAAUGAAUGAAUGAUUUUAUAGAAAUGUACAAAUUUUGUAAUGUUUCAUUUUAACUUUGAAACAAAUUUUUGUGAAAAUAUGUUUUCUAUGCUUCUGUUAUACCUCAGUCGAACUUUUAGCUCACAAACUACAUUUAGGAUAUCUGAUUUAGAAAAUAUGCAUUUCAUGAUAUUUGGAUUAAUUUAUUACAAUUAACGUAUAAGUAAAAUUGCCACGUAUGUAAAGUUUUGAAAGUUAUUUAAUAACGUUAAGGAUAUUUACAUACCUAUGUUUUUUCACGCUGAAACCUAUUAAAAAU